AACACAAGAGAAACCAUCUAUAUAUCUUAAUAUACAUCCAAUAAUUAAUAAUGGGUUUGGUUGUAGUUGGUGUUUUUAUGAUUAUUGUUAUAGUGAUUAUUCAUGAAUAUUGGUGGGGAAAUAGAAAGGCAAUAGUUCCUAAGUGGCCGAUAUUGGGGAUGCUGCCGAGGCUGGUGUGUAAAUUCCCAUGCCUUCAUGAGUAUGCAACCCAUGUUUUGGGCCAAAGUGGAGGAACAUUUGAGUUCAAAGGGCCUUUGUUUAGUGGCAUGGAUAUCAUUGCCACAUCUGAUCCUUUGAAUUUUCAACACAUCACAACCACUCACUUCACCAAUUAUCCAAAAGGACAAGCCUCUAGGGAUAUCUUUCAUGAUGUUCUUGGAGAUGGAAUUAUCAAUUCUGAUUUUGAUCUUUGGAAGUUUCAAAGGAGAAUGUUUCAGCUCUCCACUCGACAACAUACUUUUAAUUUUCACUCUUUUGUUGCAAAAUCUCUCCAUCAACAUCUCCUCAAUCACUUUCUUCCAUUUCUUCAUCAUGCCACUCAAACCCAAAUUCAGGUUGAUCUACAAGAAGCAUUACAACAAAUGGUCACAUUCGAUAAUGCAAUUCUAUUAAUUUUUGGGCUAGAUCUUUCUUCUUACAAAUUUAAGUACUCUAAAGCUGAAUACCUAAAUGCAUUUAAUGAGAUGGAAGAGGUUGCAAUUCAUCGACAUAUUUUACCAAAACUCUAUUGGAAGCUGCAAAAAUUGUUACAAAUUGGAACUGAAAAAAGGCUAAGAAUAGCACGUCGAAAAUUCGACGAAUUCUUAUUCCAAUGCAUCUCACUAAAACGAGAACAAAUGAGUCUCACAGAUGAUGAUGAAAAUGAUGAAGAAGGUAAUAAUAAUAAUUUGGGGUUGUUAGCAAUUUAUAUGAAAGAAAAGUCAUUUUCUAACGAGUUUCUCAAAGAUGUUGCAAUCAAUUUAUUAGCAGCGGCUAAGGAUACCUUAACAACUGGACUGAGUUGGUUUUUUUGGAUCGUAGCAACUCAUCCUAAUAUCGAAGCCAAAAUUCUUGGAGAAAUGAAAGAAAAGUUAGGAUGUAAUAAUAAUAAUAAUAACAAUGGUUAUUACAAAAUUGAGGAGUUGAGUAAGUUGGUGUAUUUACAAGCAACAAUAUACGAAACAUUUAGACUAUAUCCACCAGUACCUUUUAAUCAUAGAACAUCAAUUAAAGAAGAUGUUCUUCCAAGUGGUCACCAUGUAAAACCAAAUCAAAUGGUGUUCAUGUCUUUUUACUCAUCGGGGAGAAUGGAACAAGUUUGGGGAAAAGAUUGCUUGGAGUUCAAGCCAGAGAGAUGGAUUAAUUGUGAGCAAGGUAAUAAUAAGUUUGUUUUUGUACCAUCUCACAAGUUUCCAUCUUUUUACAUUGGUCCAAGGACUUGUUUGGGUAAAGAUAUUGCUUUGAUUCAAAUGAAAGUUUUGGCAGUUAAUGUUCUUAAAAAUUAUUGUUUUCAUGUUGUGGAAGGACAUUCGGUAUGCCCUAAUUUGACUUUCACUUUUAGCAUGAAAUAUGGACUCAAAAUUAGGGUUUCUAAAAGAUGUUUUUGAUCCAAAUGAUUUAUCAAGACUCUUACUUGUUAUUGUAUUUGUAUUGGUUUGCUACCAUGUGUAUUUAUCUUUUAAUAAGAUCAUAAUAAAUUUAUAUGUAAUGAUCA